GUCAUCUUUUCGUAUCCGUUUAUCAGUUUAUUUUUAUUCAUUUAUAAUGGAGAAAAAUGUUUAUAAAGUGCUUGUCGCUGCAACUGGUAGUGUCGCUGCACUGAAAAUACCCAUUUUAGUGAGAACGUUGUUGGAAUUCAAUGAAAACGAGAGCCGAUAUAAAUUUGAGAUACGUUUAAUAGUGACAGAACACGCGAAACACUUCUUUGCAACCUCCGAGUUGCCUCCUGAAGUGCUAUUAUUUGACGACAACUCGGAAUGGCAGGCUUGGAAGCAGAGGGGGGACCCGGUGCUGCACAUAGAACUGGGCAAGUGGGCCGACAUGAUGGUCAUAGCUCCUUUGGACGCCAAUACAUUAGCAAAAAUGGCACAGGGCAUUUGUGACAACCUACUCACCUGUACAACUCGAGCAUGGGACAUGUCCAAGCCCCUCCUCUUCUGUCCCGCCAUGAACACGCGGAUGUGGGAGCACCCUAUCACAUCCAAACAAGUCCAGGUACUGACGGACUGGGGCCAUAUACAGAUACACCCAAUUAGUAAAACAUUAAUGUGUGGAGAUACAGGGAUUGGAGCUAUGGCUGAGAUACAGACUAUUGUUGAGGACAUUAGAAAGAUUGCUUGUAAAAGUUUCUCUAAAUGAAGUAUUUUAAACAUUGUUAUAUUUAUUCAGUUUAAUUGUUAACUAGUUUUAAGGUGAUUACUAGAAAAUAAUGACUAUAGGUAGUUUAUUUGUUCAACAUUGAGAAAUGGUAAUGCAAGGCAGUCUUCAUAAAUAUUCCAUUUAUGAACUAUCCCAAUGAAUAGAAAUAAACUUUCAAGUGUUUGACAGACCAAUAUCAAUAUGUUUUAAGUUUAUUUGCGACUUCUAAUGGGACUGUCAUGCACUUAAGAUAAUUUGGACCUGUUCAUAUUAUUGCCACCUUUUAUCUGACCUGUUGUCUCCUCAGAUCUUACUUAUUUGUUGAUGUAAAAUUACAUUCAUAAGUCCUAAUAUGCUUAACAAUUUUUCCCAAUACUAAUGUUUGAGUUCCAUAAGAUUUAUGAAUAAAAGUGAUAGUUUUACUAUAAAAUGUAACAAAACCACGGCCUGUCCCAUUUACAUCAUCAAAAAUUAAAGUUGAUAAUAUUAUUUAAUAUCUGUAUAUAUGUACCUAAUG